AUGUGAAGGCAAUUGAGUUUAUGAAUACAAAAAAAUCUCAUGAGGUUCAGGAAAUGUCAGAGCUAAUCUGCUUUAUUGCUGAUUACUGUGGUUUAAAGCAGAUAAUUGACGUGGGUUCUGGUAAAGGCUACCUAAGCUCCUUUUUGUCCUUAAAGUAUGGUUUAAAUGUCUAUGGCAUCAAUUCCUCAAAUACUAAUACUCAUGGAGCUAAGGAGAGAAACAGGAAGUUGAAGAAACACUGGAACCUGAAUCAUUGUCAGACAAUAGUAGAUGUCAAUAGACUGGCAUUAAAAAUGCCGAAAGAAAUUGGAGCUCAAAAGGAAAUCAAGUGUAAGGGAGAGUUUGAGAGUGUACCAAAGAGCAGUCUUGGCAAUCAAGACGUGUCUUCCAAUGUUUUGCCAGAGUUUUCAGAGUCAGCAGUUUCAGCCAUCAGAAAACAGCUAGGAGAUCUACAUGCUCUGCCACUUGAAGAAGAGAAGUUGUAUUUUGAAAAUACCUUUUCUCUCAUGGAUUUUUUGCCUAUUGAUGCCAUCGAACCUACUCAUUCAUCUCAGGUGCACAAUUCAGAAAUGUCUGAAGUGAGGAAACAGAGAAGAAAUAUGGCAACAAAACCAAGUGACUCAAGUAUAUAUUCACCACUGACCUCUUUUAUCACUGCUGAUUCAGAAUUACAUGACAUUAUUCAAGAUCUGGAGCUGAGUCUGCUUUUGAAUCCUCUGGACUGUUUAAUGGUGGGUCUCCAUACUUGUGGUGACCUUGCACCAAAUACUCUGCGGAUAUUUGCAUCCAAGUCUGAAGUCAAGGGAGUUUGCUCUGUGGGUUGUUGCUACCAUCUUUUAUCUGAGGAAUUUGAAAACCAGACUAAAGGUAAGUAUGUUCAAGAAAACUGGGGAUUUCCAAUGUGCUGCUAUCUGAAAGAGGAGAGAUUGUGUUGUGGCCAUAAUGCAAGAACAUCAGCAUGCUUGGCAUUGGAAUGGGUUGCAGUUGGCCAAGAGCUUCCCACCAAAUCACUCUUCUGCCAUGCUGUUCUUCAGAAUAUCAUUAAAGAUUAUUAUGGAAACACCAAAUGUGAUCAGCAUGUUGGUAAAAUUUAUUCCAAAUGUUCUUCCUUUCUGGAUUAUGUCAGAAGGUCUCUAAAGAAGCUUGGAUUAGAUGAGGCCAAGGUCAGUUUGAAUGUUGUUCUGGCUCCUUGCAUAGAAACACUGAUUCUUCUUGACCGACUUUGUUACCUGAAGGAACAGGAAGAUGUAGUGUGGUCUGCUCUUGUGAAGUUGUUUGACCCUGUGAAUUGUCCCAGAUGCUAUGCUGUUGUUGCUCUGAAGAAGCAGUGGUGA